AUGGCACUAAAACCACGCUGCUCACCCUUCCCCCAUCUCAAUCUCCCCCCUCUCACCCUCCCCCCUCUCACCCUCCCUCCCUCUCACCCUCCCUCCCUCUCACCCUCCCUCCCUCUCACCCUCCCUCCCUCUCACCCUUCCUCCCUCUCCCUCGUCACCCUCCCCACCCUCCCCACCCUCCCCCCUCCGCGCCACCCUCUCAGGCAGUGUAACGUCUUUCCAGCAGAGCAGUGUUCGGUCCAUUCCCUCCAUGGCAGCGGCAUAACGUCCUUCCAGCAGGGCAAGGCGCACCCCAUCCCCUGUGCUCUGCCGCUCUCCCUGAUGCUCACCAACACGCGAGUCCCUCGCAGCACGCGCGCGCUCGUGUCAGGAGUGGGUGCGCGCCUGGCAGCGCAUGCCGACAGUGUGACAGCCGCGCUGCAAGCCAUGCACCAUGUGGCCCUGCAGGUGAGCGUUCCAGGAGCAUGA